CCACGACGCUCCAGCGAAACAAUACCCCAGGCCCUGCAUCAACCCGCGACAUACUGCCGAUCAGAGGAAUAUGCUCUCGGCCAGACCAAAUGAGCCUAGUAGCGUAGCAUGUCGCGCCCAAGGCUUGGUCCCCGCGGCGCGGGAUACCUUAAGCCGACUCUGCUGGAAGUCCUUCCGACACGCCUCGUCCUGUGCAGGCAAGACUCCUCAGCCACCGAGGAACGGUUAAAGACUCCAGAGCAGAGUCUGAUCGUCAUGCGCUGGUGGUCUGACAGCUCCAGUGAACCGGCAGCCUUAUAGUCUUCGCACUGCAGCCUCACCACCUUGCUGUCUUCGUCUGCUUAUCUUCCGUCCUCCCCCCUCCCCCCUCCUGUACGCGUCGAGACAGAAGCGCUGCCAGCACCCGUACGGCAACCGCCCCAAUGGCACCCUCAGAGAUGCCUACCACCCUCAACGGUGUGAACGGCAUCGCGCAGAUGUACGAGUAUCCGCCUGCUCGGGUCGAGGGCCCGUACAAGGUCCUGGAUCAGUACCACUCGAAGCCCACCAAGCUGCGGGUUGCCUGCUGCGGCGCUGGGGCUUCGGGUCUCUGCUUGGCAUACAAGAUGGAAAGGAUGAUGACGCCUGGAUCGUGGGAAUUGACCCUCUUCGAGAAGAACUCCAUGUUUGGCGGAACUUGGUACGAGAACACGUAUCCGGGCGUUGCUUGCGAUAUUCCGUCGCACGACUACAACUUCACAUGGGACCCGAAGCCGGAUUGGACGCAGUUCUUUGCGUCCGGCGCGGAGAUUCAGAGGUACUUCGAGGACUUUGCCGAGAGGCAUGGUAGCAAGAAGUACAUGAAGUUGAACAGCAAGAUCGUGGAGAUACGAUGGGACGACGCAGAGGGCAUCUGGAACAUUACCAUUGAGAACCCGCAGACAAAGGAGGUGACCAAGGACUGGGCACAUGUCGUCGUCAACGGCACAGGCAUCCUCAACAAUUGGAAGUGGCCUGACAUUGAAGGUCUCCAUGACUUCAAGGGACCCAUCAUGCACUCGGCGCACUGGGACCACAGCGUCGACUUCAACGACAAAGUCGCCGGCGUCAUCGGCAAUGGGUCGACCAGCGUUCAGAUCGUUCCCGCUCUACAGAAGAUUUGCAAGGAGGUGCAGGCAUACAUGCGAAGCCCGACAUGGAUCUCUCCACCCUUUGGGGCCGGCGCACUUACCAAUGACCUGCAGAAGGGCCAGGAUGUCAAUCCCGGACAGCGUCAGUACGACUUCACCGAGGCCGACAUCAAGAGGUUCCGCGAAGAUCCGGAAUAUCAUCUCGACUUCCGCAAGCGCAUCGAAGCAGAGAUCAACAGCCUCUUCGGAAUGUACAAGCAGGGCUCGGAGUUGUCACACCAGUUCCGCGAUGUCAUCACCAAGGAGAUGAACCGCCGCAUGGGCCCGGGCCACGAGAAGCUGAAGGAGUUCAUCAUUCCCAAGUGGGCGCCAGGGUGCCGAAGGAUCUCACCCGGUGAUGGCUAUCUCGAGGCGUUGGUGCAGGACAAUGUGACUCCGGUAUUCGACCACAUUAAGCGCAUCGUGCCCGAGGGUAUCGAGACGGUGGAUGGCAAGGUGCACAAGAUGGACAUUGUAGUGUGCGCUACCGGGUUCCAGGUCGCCUUCCAGCCCGCCUUCACAGUGAUCAAUGGCCAAGGCAAAUCCAUCAAGCAGGACUGGACCAACGGCCCCAACCUCUACUUUGGCGUGUCAGCGCCUAGAUUCCCCAACUACUACACCAUCGUCGGGCCAGGCGCUACGUGGAGCAACGGCACUCUGAUCCCGUCGAUCGAGACGACGAUCGAGUACUCCGUCAAGUGCAUGAAGAAGAUGCAGACGGAGGGCAUCAAGGCUAUGGCGGUCAAGCAGGACGCGCUCGACGAGAUCUACGCGCACUUCGACGAGUUCCACAAGAACACGGUGUGGCAAGAGGAGUGUCGCAGCUGGUUCAAGGACGGGAAGAUCAAGAACCGCAUCUAUCUGUGGCCAGGCGCGACGAUCCACUUCCUCAAGAGCAUCAAGGACCCGCGCUGGGAGGACUACGAGUACACGUACAGGUACAAAAACAGGUUCGCGUUCUUGGGCAACGGCGAUGUGAAGGCGACGGCGUCGAGAGACGUGCUCGGGCUGAGCCCGUACAUCAGAAGCUCUGACCACGAGUGGUGCAUCGAUUAGUCGGCAGGCCGAGCCGAGUGUCUGCAUUUGUGCGUUUUGGGUUUACGGCCGCUCCUAGCAUUUUCAUUGCCAUAUACCGGUAGUCCACACAGGCGCCACUUUGAAAUGUGACUAUGUG